AUGGGAAACACGGACAGUAAACUUCUCUUCAGGAAGGCGGUGAUUCAGCUCACGACUAAAACUCAGCCCGUUGAAGCCACAGACGACGCCUUCUGGGAUCAGUUCUGGGCCGACACCUCCACCACGGUGCAGGAUGUCUUCGCUCUGGUGCCGGCGGCCGAGAUCCGAGCCGUCAGAGAAGAGUCUCCGUCCAACCUGGCCACGCUCUGCUAUAAGGCCGUGGAGAGGUUGGUCCAGGGCGCGGACUCGGGCUGCCCCUCUGAGAGCGAGCGUCACAUCGUGCUGAACUGCUCCCGCCUGCUCACGCGCAUCCUGCCGUACAUCUUCGAGGAUGCUGACUGGCGAGGCUUCUUCUGGUCCACGGUGCCCGGAGCAGGCAGAGCCGGGCGUUUGGACGACGAUGGCGAAGAUGACGAUGAAGCUCGGCCACUGGCUGAGUCGCUGCUGAUGGCCAUCGCCAACCUUCUCUUCUGCCCGGAUUUCACUGUCCAGAGGCACAAGAAGAGCGCGGACCAAGUGGAGGACGUGCGCUCCAUCGACAGCUGUGAGUACAUCUGGGAGGCCGGCGUCGGCUUCGCUCAGGCUCCGCCUCUCAACUACGUCCACGACCUCAACAGGACGGAGUUGCUGAAGCUGCUGCUCACCUGUUUCUCUGAGGCCAUGUACCUUUCUCCGUCCACUGAGAGUAAAACCCUCAACCCCUGGGUCACCUUUUUCUGCUCCGUGGAAAACAGACACGCCCUCCCUCUCUUCACCUCCCUGCUUAACGUGGUGUGUGCCUACGACCCCGUGGGCUACGGCAUCCCGUACAACCACCUGCUGUUCUCCGACUACCGGGAGCAGCUGGUGGAGCAGGCGGUGCAGAUCCUGAUCGUCACCCUGGAGCACGAGGCCGGGUCGUCCACAGGCUCCGCCCUGCUGGCCCUGGACGCCACCGCAGCCGCCACAGCCGAGGAGGAGCAGGAGCCGACGGGACCUGAUAACCUCUUUGUGAACUAUCUGUCCAGGAUCCACAGAGAAGAGGACCUGGGCUUCAUCCUGAAGGGUCUGGCCCGACUGCUCAGUAAUCCUCUGGUCCAGACCUACCUGCCUCGGUCCGCCAAGAAGAUCCAGUUCCACCAGGAGCUGCUGAUCCUCUUCUGGAAGUUCUGCGACUUCAACAAGAAAUUCCUGUUCUUCGUGCUGAAGAGCAGUGAUGUGCUGGACAUGCUGGUUCCCAUCCUGUUCUACCUGAACGAUGCCAGAGCAGAUCAGUCUCGUGUCGGCCUCAUGCACAUCGGUGUGUUCAUCCUCCUGCUGCUGAGUGGAGAGAGGAACUUUGGAGUUCGCCUGAACAAACCGUACACACUUCCUGUUCCUAUGGACAUUCCUGUCUUCUCAGGAAACCACGCCGACCUGGUCAUUGUGGUCUUUCACAAAAUCGUGACCAGUGGUCACCAGCGCCUGCAGCCUCUCUUCGACUGUCUGCUCACCAUCAUAGUGAACAUUUCUCCGUAUCUGAAGAGCCUAUCCAUGGUGGCGGCCAACAAGCUGCUCCACCUCCUGGAGGCCUUCUCCACACCCUGGUUCCUCUUCUCCUCCAUCCAGAACCACCACCUGGUCUUCUUCCUGCUGGAGGUCUUCAACAACAUCAUCCAGUAUCAGUUUGAUGGUAACUGUAACCUGGUGUACGCCAUCAUCCGCAAGAGGAACGUCUUCCACCAUCUGGCCAACCUGCCGUCAGACGAGGCGUCCAUUCAGAAGGCCCUGCAGAAGAAGAAGAGGUCGCCCCGGGUCUCCAGGGCCAACUCGGCAGAGGGCGAGUCCAUGGAGGGCUCCACACCGGCUGUACCUGCGGAGCCCGGGUCGUUCAAAAUCAGCCUAGAGGCCACUCCGGGAAUCGAUAAGAUAACGGAGAAGUCUCUGGUGACAGAGAACGGCUCCGUGGUCGCUCUCCCACAUCCGGACCCCCCGCAGGUGGCUGCAGAUAACGGAGCCCCAGCCGGAGCCAGCGAUACCGAGUCCAACUCGGAGCGAGACCACGAGAUCCUCACAGAGUCCGAAUCCACGAGGAGUCGCCUGUCGUCAGAGACCGGCGUCGCUAAUCCAGACUGGGUGCUGUCGUGGAAGGCGAAACUUCCUCUGCAGACCAUCAUGCGGCUGCUGCAGGUGCUGGUUCCUCAGGUGGAGAAGAUUUGCAUCGACAAGGGUUUGACCGACGAGUCAGAGAUCCUGAAGUUCCUCCAGCACGGGACGCUGGUCGGCCUCCUGCCCAUCCCUCAUCCCAUCCUCAUCAGGAAGUACCAGGCCAACGCCGGCACGGCCAUGUGGUUCCGCACGUACACCUGGGGAGUCAUUUACCUACGCAACUUGGAUCCUCCCAUCUGGUACGACACGGACAUCCGGCUGUUUGAUAUCCAGAGGAUUUAG